AUGUGUACUUUUUUCUGGUGCCACGUCCUCUGUCCGUGUCCGUACGAAAAGGACUGCGCCAUGGCCAGGAAUCGGAUCGUCUUCUGGGACGGCAUGUGGCGCCACAAGACGGCCAAGCAGGCGCCCGUUCCGAACUCCGGGACGACGUGUGAGAAGCGCAAGGAGCGGUUCGGCCAGGACGCCGCGCCCGAUUGGAAAUGUCCGUCCCGGGACUUGCUGGCGUGGAUGGUGGAGUUGACGUAUGUCGUGGAUACGAAGCCGUGUGCUGAGUGUAGACACAAGUGCAAGGCUCGCUUUGAUAAGAGGACCGAGGAGGAAAAGUCGGCUGAGGGGGGAGAGGGGGAUAUACCACAGUGA